AUUUAUUAUUUCAAUUUGUAGUAGAGAUAAACCGUUUCAGAGAAUAAUGUUUGAGAGAUAAGACUCGUACGAACAGUUUUAAUUUCAUUUUCGUGCCAUAUCUUUGAAAUCUAACCAGCAGCAAAUCUAUAAUGAAAUGGAUAAUUCUAAUCCUUCUGUACCCGACAAUACAAUGCCAAGAGGACGAAAAUUUGGAAAUCGUGUCCAAGACUCGAACGUCCUACCUGCAGAAAUAUGGGGGCUACGUGGACGUGGUCGUGAUGCAUGUGGAAGUCCCUCCAGAGGUGUCUUUCGCAUCACUGAAGUUCACGGCAGAUGAAACCAAGGCCUCGAUAUUUGGUUGCAAACCACGGAAAGUAUUAUUGUACAUGAAGCACAAGUCUUUGCCAGUGAUCAAUCCAGACGGGUCGAAGUUCCCAGACAGUUUUAAGAACAUUUCGAGGUCACAGUAUUUGUACCUUGAGUUGAUGAGCGACAAAAGUGUGAAAUAUUUGAAUUUGACGUCGCCCGAUCCAGGGUGCUAUUUUAUAACUGCCUUUUUGCCAUACAAUAACCCCAAGCACGAGUCCAUCCAACCACCAGAGUUGACACCGGAGUGCUACGCUUUUGUGGAAACCACCCUGUACAUAAGGCGGAGGCCUAGCGCUGGCCAGAUCGUCGAGGGCGCCUCUUACAACGUCGAGACCUUCACCUCGCACAGUAUUCUCUAUACAUUUUUCGUCCCCGAAUUCGUCACACACGCCACCUUCCUUGUGGACAACAUCACCUUCGCAAAGACUGCAACUCGUCUUGUAAUUCGUAUCCAAUCCCGUUCCAUCCCUUCCGAGAACAAUACAAUCAGAACUGAAAUAAUAGAGCCCUCUUAUACCAACAAAGUCACUAUUCCCUUCAACACGGAAGAGGAUAACUGGCAUUACAUCGAAUUCCUCUUCGAAGGACCUGCUUCACCCACCGAGAGUAAAUCUAGUCUUAAAUUCACCCUCAAGUACUUCGCUGAAGACUCGGAGAGGACGUCCAAUAAUUCAGUUUGGCGAAUAUUCAACAGCGACCAAAUAACAAAAGUGACCAAGUACAAGCAGUACGAUUUAGUAAGGGAGUCCAGCACCGAAAGCUUCUCCUAUUCGUACGAACUGAGGCAAAAAUUCACGAUUUCGUCAAAUGUUGCCGUGAAUUUGACCAAUAAAGAAUUAGCAGUGCUCCAGUUCAAACUGCGGGAACAUGCGGAUAUCGGCGGCACGCUCCAGUUUAUCCUAGCGUUCAAACCACGCAUCAACAAAAGCAAACGGAUAAUCGAGGACGAGCCCGCAGAUAACAAAAUCAUAGCUUGUAUUCGGCCCGAGGCUCCAGAAUUGCCAACUUGGCCCAACUUGUGUAACUACGACGAUAACAACAUUGUGGCCCCUCUGGUGUUGGGCAAAUCUACCGAUAACUCCUCUAUGAUGAUCCCCUAUCCCGAAUCGGGGGUCUGGUACGCAACCUUCAAGUUGUUCUGUGGCGAAUGUGUGCCUUGCAGUUGUCCGAAUGAUUGCCAGAAGAAGUUCAAAGCGUGCGUCAAGGAGUGCCAAGCGAAUUGUGUGAAGAAAGAGACUUGUAACAAUUGUUCACUUGACUGCAAGACUGAAGUUGUCAAUUCCAACGGUUGUGCGAAAUGUGACUGUGAUGGGCCGUGUCUUAGGAGCAAAAAAGAAUGCAAUUCGAGUGUCCUUUUCGAUAUUUCGUCAACGGCGUGUGCCAAUAACUGCGGAAAACACGGAAGGUGCAUGUUCAUGGUCUGCGAUGGCGUCGUCUAUGCCACCUGUGUCUGCACUGACAAUUACAGAGGCUGGGAUUGCUCGGACGCCUCUGAGGCCACCCCAUACUACAUGAUCGUCAUCGAACUUCUUCUAUUGGUCCUCAGCAACUUGAUGUUUCUGCCGACGGUGUAUGUGGCAUACCGUCGCAAAUACUACGUCGAAGCUAUAGUUUAUUUCGCAAUUUGCUUCUUCUCAACCUUCUACCACGCGUGUGAUGCUGGCGAAAACGUGAUUAGUUUUUGUAUAACACGCUUGGGGGCGUUGCAGUUCGCCGAUUUCUAUUGUGCCCUUCUGGCCAUUUGGGUCACGCUGAUCGCAAUUGCUGACUUGCCCUCUUAUUGGCCAACUAUGUGUCAUAUAACCGGCGCUAUUAUCUUGUCUUUCACGACGACUAUAAAUAAAACUGGAAUUUGGGGGUUUCUUUUGCCCGUUAUUUCGGGUCUUGUGAUUAUAGCGAUUAAUUGGUUCUUGAAGUGGAAGAGAGUUAAGCGGUUGUUUUUGCACAAGAGGUAUUUGUACGUUUUUAUACCGCUGGGUAUGCUCGUGGUUUGUGUCGGGUUGACGAUUUUUAUAUUUUUGGAAACGUCUAAUAAUUAUAAGUAUUUGCACAGUCUGUGGCACGUUUUGAUGGCUGUUGGUGUUAUGAUACUGUUGCCGCAACCGAAUACGUUUCAGCCGGAAACGGUGUUGUAACUUUCGUCCAAUUUCUCUUUAAGAUUAGAAAUGCGUUUAUGUGUUUAUUUAGACGUCCAUUGUUUCAGGGACCGUCUCGAACAAAGAUUUAUAACCGUAAGUCAAAGAAUUUUGUGUUCCCUCCUUAGCUAGCGACUUCUUGUACCCAAAGUUGCCUUCUACUAUAAUGUAAUUAAGAAAAGCACUGAGUGUGAGAAUAGUCCUUCAAUAUUUUUCUCAUUAUGAAAAUUGUGAUUUUCGAUUGGAAAUGUAAAACAGUAGAUUACCUUUAUGACACUAUUUGUUAGGAUACUUUUUACAAUGCUGUUACUCAUAUUUAUUUAUAUCGUUUAUUAAAAUAAAUGCAAAUAAUAGUACAAUUUGUGUAAUUAAGUAAUAAAAAAUGUGGCCCCGUCUGAUACAUGAACAAGAGACAGUUACUAGGGGUUAUUCUUGCUUUUAUAAAUAAUAAUUUAAUAUUAAUGAUA